AUGAAGGAAGAAUUUAGUUCUCAGAGCUUUGAGGGAAUUACCCCGGAUUUUAUAACCCUGGACUCUGAAUUUACCGCCCUAACAACACAUUCUAGCGCGAGACAUAAGACCCAGAAGGAGCUUGAAAAGGAGGAAAUUUUGAGGAAGUUACAGGGACUAGUUUCAGGAGAUCGUUUAUUUUUCAAGAAGUCAACUUUAGGACAGCAAGUUUCAAACCCUGAAAUCCCAACCACAAAUGACUUUGUUGAGUCCAAAUUUGUUUACUGGAUCUAUGACAAAAUGAGUAUUUACCUUCUAGUUAACAUUGAUCCUUAUGGUAAGCUGAGGUUUACGUAUGGCGACCUAUACCAAAUGGCAGUUUCACAUGAUUUAUUUUUCCAUAAACUGGAGACCAGAUUUGUAAAGAAUAUAAAGUCAGAGCAUACAGGAUAUAAAAGAGCGGAAUCCACAAAAACACAAACAACCCAAAUGGAUCCAUUUCCAAUGGAGCCUUCAUAUUUCAGACAAGAUUCCGAAAUAAAGCAAAAGGCAAUAAAUUAUGAUAUUAAAAGUAGACCAACGCCAGCAGGAGUUGAGUCCUUUUGUAGGUGUAAAUUUAGUAACAAAAACGAGUUUAUAAAAAAACUGCGCCUAAUAAUAAAAACCAAUAAGAGUAAGUUUAUGGAUAAAACAGCUGAGAUGAAGGAAUUAAGGUUGAUAAUGUCACAGAAUAUUAGAACAUACGAGGUCGAGAUCAUGGGAUACAUAAUGGAUGAAAACCCUUGGACAUAUAGCACAAACCCUUGGGAUGAGCCAGAGGAGGAAAAGGUUAAAGAAAUAAUAGAAAUGUAUAAAAAAGCAGUUAAUGAUCCAGUAUAUAAGGAUAUGUAUCAAAAAUGGCUUAAUAAAUAUAAACUCCAAAUCAACCAAGCCGGAACACAUAUGAUCCAAAAAAUUAAAUAA